CACGCUAGCAUUAGAGAACCUACGCAGACAUGGACUAAGUUGGCAGAACCUGCGAGAGUGCAACGUUAUUUCGCAAAAGGUACUUUGGGACCAGCUAAAAGAUGCCACUUGGUUCAGAUGAUGAUCGCAAGAAGUUUAUCUUGGCCACUACUGGAAACUUCUAUGGAAUAAAGCCUUUGUCCUCCUUGACUGAGAGCCCAGAGCUCAAUAACUUCUUGGACGAUGGGAAUGAAUUUGUCUUGUCUGUCGUCAGACGUGACAAUGAUCUUCACUUGUCAAAUAAGAUUGACACUAUGGGGGACAGCAGAGAGAAGGUGUUGGUGUUCUUCAAGCUGCAUCCCACCGUGAUCACGGAAGAUAACCUUCACCAGAGCCUCCUUGUGUCAUCCAUGCUGGAAUCCCCCAUCAGCACCCUCUAUCAGGCUGUCAAACAGGUUUUUGCCCCUGUACUCCUGAAGGAUGAACACUGGCGUUCAGCAUUUGACCCUAAGCUGGCAGACCUGCUGAGUGAACUGGAGUUAGGCCUCGGCACGGUGGUUCGCCAGUCUGGAGCAAAGUCUUUUGCCAUGAAGGGCCACAAGGAGGAAGAUGUUCUGGGCAUCUUAACUCCCAGUGAUGAGUUUCAGUACUGGAGCGAUCUCUCUGAGUCUUCAGAGAAAAGCAGCAUGAGAGAAAGGGCUACACAUUUCACUGAGCUCUUCAAAGCUAUACAGAAGGAGUAUGGUGGUCUGGACGGCUUGUCUAUGUUGGAUGUUGUGGAUCUGGUCGAGCAGAGUCGAGACACCCUGGAUGAUGUUUGGAGGCAGACGGAUUAUGAGCCUUACCCGGAGACACGCAUGGUCCGGCUCAUGGAUGCUAUUGGUGGAGCCUUGGGACGAUAUGUUCAGAGGAAGCUGAAAGGUCUUAAAAUCUUUGAAGAGCCAUUUGUUUUGGUUAGAGAGAACCUGAGAACAGGUAUUUCCAUCUGUGAGCAGUGGGUAGUAGCCUGUGAGCAUUUGACUGGACAGGUGUGGAAGAGGCAUGCUCCUCACCCCUGGAAGGGGACAAAGCACUGUCCGCAAACUCUGCAUUGCCUUGCAAAAAGGUUGAAUGAGGUAGUGACACUACGUAUAGUUCAUGAGAAACUGCUGUGUUUGCUACCAGGAGGGAAGCAGCAGGCUCUGACUUCAGGUCGUGUGUUUGAACCGUUCUCUGGACUCAGCCCUCUGCAUUACAACCCCUAUACUGAGCCUCUUUGGAGAGCAGCAGUGGCUCAGUUUGAGCGUCUAAUGGCUCCAUCAGAGCAGGAGGUCGCUGACAGGCUAAAGAGCUAUAUAGCUGAUGUGCAGGAUAACCCACAACAGCUUUUGCAGGUAUUCCAGAAGCAUAAGGAGUUGAUCAGACGUCCGACCAUCAGCAAAGAGCUGCAGUCGGAGAGAGAAACUCUACUAGCCAGACUACUAGACUACAACAAAGGCCUGAAGACUGACUUUGAGAGUCGUUGCCAUGGAGACCCUGGUGACAAGUCCGGACCACUCAUUGGCAGGAACCUUCCUGAGGUGGUCAACAAAAUAGUUUGGGUGCGACAGCUCUUACACAAGGUGGAAGACUCUGUCCGCAUAGCUGAGGCUCUGCUAUCAGACCUGUCUGGGUUCAAAGGGUACCUGCAUUUCUGUGAUGACCUGCUGGAGCUUCUGAGGGCAUACGAGCAAGAACAGUUUGAGGACUGGUCAAGAGAUAUUCUGUCUGAACUGGCUGAUCCAAAGUCAGGCAUCAGUCUUCAGGCCAGCAACCGCGUGAUGGACUUGGACCAUGUGGACGGCAGGCUGAAGAUCCAGUAUUCAGACAGACUGGUCAGUUUGCUCAGGGAGGUCAGGCAGCUCUCUGCUCUGGGCUUUCCCAUCCCAGCCAAGAUACAGCAGGCUGCCUAUACUGCAGACAAAUUCUACAGACAAGCCAUUGUCCUAAAACAGGUAGCCCAUUUUUACAACACCAUUGACCAACAGAUGAUUCCCUCUCAGAGACCUAUGAUGCUUGGACUAGCGCUGGCCUUUGAACAUGUGAUCAAGAAUCCUGGUUCUCAGUCAAAGGAAUCAGAUGGUAAACUGAAAAUCACCUGGGACAACCCCAAAGAGUUAGAAGUAUACAUUGCCAAACUGCAGUCCGCAGCUGAGAAACUCUCCACCGAGAACCGAAGGUUACGAAAAUGGCACACUGACUUCAUUGACAAGGUGGUGACAUUGAUGAAUGUUGACCUACUGAGACAUCAGCAGCGGUGGAAGGAUGGCCUGCAGGACCUACGUAUUGGCUUUGCCACUCUGGAGGCUCAGGGCUUCAGGUCUGAUGACAUGCGGGCCUGGCGUCAACACUGGAACCAUCAGCUGUACAAAGCUCUUGAGCACCAGUAUCAGACUGGAUUGGAAGCUCUGAACAAGAACUUGCCUGAAAUACACAUAGACCUCACUUUCAAGCAAGGACGUCUACAGUUCCGUCCACCGUUUGAGGAAGUACGAACACGUUAUUUUCGGGAGAUGAAACGUUUCAUCUCAAUCCCAAACCAGUUCAAAGGUGUUAGUGCCCAGGGGGAGGAGCUUAUCUUCAACGUCAUGAUUGAUAAAAAUGCUUCAGGGUUCCUCACCAUUUUCAGCAAGGCCGAGGACCUCUUCAGCCGCCUGAAGGCAAUACAACACAAGUUCAAGGAGUGGGUGGUUCUGGGCCAGGUGGAUUUAGAGAAGUUAGUGGAGAAGCAUCUGAGUUUCAUGCAGGACUGGGAGAGAAAUUUCAAGGCCCUGAAAGCCAGAGGAAAAGAGUCAGAACGUCUGCCCAGUCAGGAGAAGGUAGACUGCAUCACAGUCAACUGUGAGCCUGUAAAAGCAGCCAUUGAUGACCUUAUCCAGAAGCUGUUUGACAUGCUGCUCUUAUCACUGAGGAAGUCUAUACAAGGCCACACACAAGCCAUAGACAGUUUUGUGUCAGAAUCAAUGGAGGCCUUGUCUGCACGACCAGAGAGCAUGGAGGACAUCGGUGCGGCCAAUGGCACAUAUUGCCAGAUUCUUGCCCGCAAACCUGAAAUCCUGCCUCAGUUUCAGUAUGCUGAGGAGAAGAACCGAUUGCUGCGUGCUGUGGCUGGGGCUGGCCUAGACUCUCUGUCCUCAUUAAGAUCCAAGUGGGACAAAUUGGAGCUUGUAAUGGAAAGCCACCAGCUUAUGAUCAAAGAACAGGUGGAGGUGAUGCGAAGUAAUGCGACAGGUCGUAUCAAUGCCUACAUGGUGGAUCUGGAGCGGUUUAAGGCACGCUGGGACCAGCUUAAACCUAAAGAUGACAUUCUUGAGAGUGGCGAUCUCGCUGCCUUACUUGCGUGUCUCCAAACCAUCAGGGACAAGCAGCAAGAGUUCCAGGAGCUGGAGCUUGUGCGCAGUAAACUGCUUGAGGACUGUACCUAUUUUAACCUGGAGGCUCCAGACUUCUGUCUAGCAGAAAAGACAAAAAGAGACAUUGAGGAGUACAGCCAAAUGUGGGGUUUGUAUGAGGACUGGCGACAGGGCUUAACAGAAAAGGCCCAGGAGGACUGGAUCAUAUUCAGGAGUAAAACGUAUGUGUUUGAAGAGUUUCUAUUUACGUGGCAGGACAGACUAAGGAAACUGGAGCAGCCUACUGCCAUUUCAGUUAAACUACAAGGGGAAGUGGAUAAAUACAAGAACAUGGUACCAGUGCUAAAGUAUGUACGCGGGGAACACCUCUCUCAGGACCACUGGUUGGACAUGUUCCGUUUGUUGGGUCUCCCAAGAGGGACAACCUUGGAGAGCCUUACCUUUGAUGACCUUCUUGGUGUGGCAGAUAACGUCAUUGAGAAGGCGCUGGAACUCAAGGAUUUGAACAGUCGGGCUCAGGCGGAGGUAACGAUCAGAGAAGCACUCAGGGAGCUGGAUCUGUGGGGAGCAGCAGCUGCCUUCACCCUAACUGAGUAUACAGACAGCGGUGGGCGCAACCUUGCCCUCAUCAAGGACUGGAAGGACAUAGUCAACCAGGUGGGAGAUAACCGCUGUCUGCUGCAGUCACUGAAAGACUCUCCCUACUACCGCAGCUUCCAGGACAAGGUGAGUUUGUGGGAGGUUCGUCUAUCGGACUUAGAUGAGUACCUGCUCAGUCUGAAUGCCAUCCAGAGGCGCUGGGUGUAUCUAGAGCCUAUUUUUGGAAGAGGAGCUUUGCCCCGUGAGGAGGCCCGCUUCAAACGAGUUGAUGAAGACUUCAGAUCUAUAAUGUCAGAUAUCCAGAGGGACAACAGAGUAGUUUCUCUGAGCUCUAGGGCUGGCAUCAGAAGCUCUUUGGUCACUAUACUGGAUCAACUCCAACGCUGCCAAAAGUCACUCAAUGAGUUCCUGGAGGAGAAACGUUCUGCCUUUCCACGAUUCUACUUCAUAGGGGAUGACGAUCUGUUAGAGAUUCUUGGACAGGCAACCAACCCCAGUGUCAUCCAGUCACACCUCAAGAAACUCUUUGCAGGCAUCCACAAUGUUAUGUUUGACGAACAGUGCCAGCACAUUGUGGCUAUGUGUUCUUUGGAAGGAGAAACAGUGCCACUUAAAAACCUUGUACGCAUUUCCAGCCAUGUGGAGGUGUGGUUAAAUGAGCUGUCUGUUGAGAUGAAGGAGACUCUGAAGCACCUACUGUAUGAAUGUGUGACAGCAGGAAGAAAAGGAGAGGUGGACCCCUCACGCUAUCCAUCACAGAUCUUAUGUUUGGCUGAGCAAAUCCAGUUCACUGAAGAUGUGGAAAGAUCUCUAAAAGAACAAAAUCUGCAGCAGUUGGAGAUCGAGCUGACUGGCAAACUGGAACACUACACUACAGUGGACACUAGCUCUGAUGACCACAAUAACACAGAGUCCAGUGUCCUGCAGCUGAAGCUGAAGGCCUUAAUCCUGGAUAUCAUCCAUAACAUCAGUGUGGUGAAGCAGCUUAACCAAGCAGGCAUUUCCAGUAUUGAGGCCUGGGCCUGGAAGAAGCAGCUUCGCUUCUAUAUGGCACCAGACAAAUGCUGCCACAUACACAUGGUGGAUGCACAGUUCAACUAUACUUAUGAAUACCAGGGGAAUGCGGCUAAGCUGGUGCACACUCCACUGACUGAUAAGUGCUACCUGACUCUGACCCAGGCCAUGAAGAUGGGGCUUGGGGGCAACCCCUAUGGGCCAGCUGGCACAGGCAAGACUGAGUCGGUCAAAGCCUUAGGGGGUCUGUUCGGACGCCAAGUGCUGGUGUUCAACUGUGAUGAGGGAAUCGAUGUGAAGUCAAUGGGCCGAAUAUUUGUGGGGUUGGUGAAGUGUGGAGCAUGGGGCUGCUUUGACGAGUUUAAUCGUUUAGAGGAAGCAGUUUUAUCUGCAGUUUCCAUGCAGAUUCAAGCCAUUCAAGACUCCCUCAAACAUCACAAAGCAACAUGUGAACUGCUGGGAAAAGAGGUGGAAUUAGACCCAAACUCUGGGGUGUUUAUUACAUUAAACCCAGCAGGAAAAGGCUAUGGAGGCAGGCAGAAACUUCCAGACAACCUCAAGCAGCUGUUCAGACCUGUGGCCAUGAGCAGGCCAGACAAUGAGCUCAUUGCUGAAGUCAUCCUCUACUCUGAAGGUUUCAAAAAUGGAGAAAUACUGGGACGCAAACUGGUUGCAAUCUUCAACCUGGCCAGAGAGUUGCUGACUCCCCAGCAGCACUAUGACUGGGGUUUGCGUGCUUUGAAGACAGUGCUGAAGGCCUGUGGCAGUCUUUUGCAGCAACAGAGGAGGAGUCAUGACAAAGGCAAGAUCCAGGAGAGUAGUCUGGUAGUGCAGGCCCUGAGACUGAACACCAUGUCCAAGCUGACAUUUGCUGAUAGCUCUCGGUUUGAUGCUCUGGUGAGAGAUGUCUUCUCUGGGGUUAAUUUCACUGAUGUGGAGGACCAGAUACUAAUGCACGCUCUGGAACAAGUCUUCAAAGAUGCACAGCUUGAACUGAUACCUAGUCAGCUGAAGAAGGCACUGGAACUGAAUGAACAGCUCAGACAGCGUAUGGGUGUAGUGAUUGUAGGGCCAAGUGGAGCGGGCAAGUCCACACUGUGGAGGACGCUCAGAGCUGCUCUUGGCAAGACAGGCAAAGUGGUGAAACAGUACACAAUGAAUCCUAAGGCCAUGCCCAGACAGCAGCUGUUGGGACAUAUAGACAUGGACACCAGAGAGUGGGCUGAUGGCGUCCUCACACACAGUGCCAGGAAUGUGGUCAAAGAACCACAGGAGGUGAACUCCUGGAUUGUGUGUGAUGGUGACAUCGACCCAGAGUGGAUUGAGAGUCUGAACUCUGUGCUUGAUGAUAACCGUCUGUUAACCAUGCCUAGCGGAGAGCGAAUCCAGUUUGGACCCAAUGUUAAUUUCCUGUUUGAGACUCACGACCUCAGCUGCGCCUCACCGGCGACCAUAUCCCGCAUGGGUAUGAUCUUUCUCAGUGAUGAAGACAUUGACGUGGGUGCCUUGGUGAAGUCUUGGUUGAGGGGUCAGCCUGAGGAAUGUCGCAGCAACCUUGAAAACUGGCUGGGAGACUAUUUCCAAAGAGCCCUGGACUGGGCUCUCAAACAGAAUGACUUUGUGGUGGAAACUACUCUGGUGGGUACAGUGUUGAAUUGCCUGUCGCACCUCAGCGCUGUGACGGAGAGAGGGCAGUUCAUCAUUGGUCUUCUUAGAGGCAUGGGAGGAAAUCUUAACAUAAAAACACGACAAGAGUUUGCCAAGGAGUUGCUGAGCUGGGCCAGGGAAAGUCCACCAGACCCCAGAAAACCACUAGAUACCUACUAUGACUCUGACAGUGGCCACCUAGCAGCAUAUAGGUUCCAAUGUCCCGAGGGUCUCAUACUGGAGCAGUUCUCUCACACACACAUGCUACCUGUCAUUGAGACUACAGGCAUGCAGAGAGGUCUGCACGGUUUCUCCCCAUGGCUCACUGCUCAGCACAGGCAGCCUUUCAUGGUGGUUGGGCCUGAGGGCUGUGGAAAAGGCAUGCUCCUGCGUUACGCCUUCUCUCGGCUGCGUUCCACCCAAGUGGCUGUGAUUCACUGCAGUGCCCAGACCUCAUCUCGACAUGUCUUGCAGAAGCUCAGCCAGACAUGCCUGUUGCUCAGCUCUAACACUGGCCGAGUGUUCAGACCCAAGGACUGUGAGAACCUGGUCCUUUACUUAAAGGAUAUCAAUCUACCCAAACCGGACAAAUGGGGGACCAGCAACCUUACUGCCUUCCUCCAACAGGUGUUGACAUAUAAGGGAUUCUAUGAUGAAAAUCUGGAGUGGGUGAGUCUCGAGAACAUUCAGGUGGUGGCCUCCAUGUCAACAGGGGGAGCUGUUGGGAGCCAUUCACUCAACUCCCGCUUCUCAUCUAUAGUACGCAUCUGCACCAUAGACUAUCCUGACAGGGAGCAACUGCAGACUAUCUACUCGUCUUACCUGCAGCCAGUUCUCCAGCAUAGCCUGGGCAGCCAGGCAGCCUGGGCCAGCACAGGGAAAACACAUCAGCUGGCUGGGUCUCUUGUGCAGCUCUAUGAACAGGUGAAAGCCAAGUUUACAGUGGAUGAUCACAGCCACUACCUGUUUACUCCUUGUAUUCUCACCGAAUGGGUCCUCAGCCUUCUGCGAUACGACCUCACUGCAGCUCAAUCUAACGUGACAGAUAGCGUGUUGGAGGUGGUCGCAUACGAGGCCAGGAGACUCUUCAGAGACCGGCUAGUUUCCCCCAAAGACCUUCACACCUUUGAUAACAUCCUCUCCUCCAUCAUACGGGGUGACUGGGGCUCCGAUGCUCUAGACAACAUGACUGAUGGUUUCUAUGUGACAUGGGGAGCCUCUGAGGCGACUGUGAUGGCUCCAGGCCAGUCUCUGCCGCCUCAUGGUAAACAGCUGGGACGCCUGGAUGUGGCUGACCUAAAGCAAGUUAUACAGAAGGGAGUGGUGCUGUACAGUCGUGAUAACAGAGAGCUGGAUCUCCUGCUGUUCUGGGAAGUGUGCGACUUUGUGUCCAGGGUGGAUCGAGUCCUGAGCCGACCUGGUGGCUCUCUGUUGCUGGCGGGCCGGAGUGGAGUGGGUCGACACACAGCCACAUGCCUAGUGUCACACAUGCACGGAUACACGCUGUUCUCUCCCAAAAUUUCCCGUGGUUACUCUCUUAAGCAUUUCAACAAUGAUCUCAAGAUGGUAAUGCAGCUGACAGGUCUGGAAGGUCAACAGGUGGUCCUACUUUUGGAGGACUAUCAGUUUGUCCAUCCAGCUUUCUUAGAGAUGGUGAACAGCCUCCUGUCAUCAGGUGAAGUUCCAGGUUUGUAUACCCCAGAGGAACUGGAGCCUUUGCUUUCCUCCCUCAAAGAUGCUGCUUCCCAGGAUGGAUUCACUGGACCACUCUACAACUACUUUUCCUAUAGAAUCCAACAGAACCUCCACAUUGUUCUGAUCAUGGACAGCUCCAACUCUAACUUCACCAUCAACUGUGAGAGCAACCCAGCUUUUUACCGCAAGUCCUCUGUCCAGUGGAUGGAAGGAUGGUCUGAAAGCAGCAUGAAGAAGAUUCCCGAGCUGCUCCUGGCAAAAACUGAGGCAGGAGGGGAGGAGAGUGACAGAGAAAAAAGCACUAAGAAGAAAAGCUCAGGGUCUGGACAGGGAGACCUGUGCCGUUUGUUCCUUAUGGUCCAUGAGUCAUGUAGACAACAUGGUGCAACACCUAGUCAGUACAUGGCCUUUCUGCAUGUUUACACAGCUUUGUAUAGUCGCAAGCAAACCCAGCUGACAACCAGACAACAGCAUCUACAGGCUGGCGUGUCUAAGCUGAAUGAAGCUAAAGCACUGGUUGAUGAUUUGAAGAGGCGAGCUGCAGAGCAAAGUGCACUGCUGAAGACUAAACAACAGGAGGCAGAUUCUGCCUUGCAGGAAAUCACCACCUCCAUGCAGAACGCCAGUGACCAGAAGACAGAAAUGGAAAAAAUAAAGGGGAAAAUGGCUCAAGAAGUGUCCAAGAUUGAAGAGAGAAAAGCCAAAAUAGACGACGAGCUGAAGGAAGUACAGCCUUUGGUAGAUGAAGCAAAGCGUGCUGUUGGAAACAUCAAGCCCGAAGCUCUGUCUGAGAUCCGCUCCCUCCGCAUGCCCCCUGAUGUCAUCAGAGACAUACUGGAGGGCGUCCUUAGACUGAUGGGCAUUUUUGACACCUCCUGGGUCAGCAUGAAGAGCUUUCUGGCUAAGCGCGGUGUGAGGGAGGACAUAGCUACACUGGAGGCCAGGAACAUCACACCUGAGAUCCGCCAGAGUGUGGAAGAGCUGCUCAGCAAGAACAAGGCUUCCUUCGACCCCAAGAAUGCAAAACGUGCAAGUGCGGCAGCUGCUCCUCUGGCUGCAUGGGUCAAAGCCAACGUCCAGUACUCACUCGUCCUAGAGAAGAUAGAGCCACUGGAAAGAGAGCAGGCCGGACUACUGGAAAACCUCCGGAAAACCGAGAGUAGGAAGAAUAAACUAGAAGACCAGCUGAACUCUGUUGGAGCCAAAGUCAACGAACUGAAAGAAAAGUUUCAGUGUCAUACUGCAGAGGCAGCCAAGUUGGAGGCUGAGGUGACAAAAGCUCAGGACACGAUCACUGCUGCCCAGCAGCUCAUAUCACAGCUGGACGGAGAACACACACGGUGGAAUGUGCAGAUGUCCGAGAUAAAGAAUGAGUUGGAUACGCUUCCUAAUAGGGCCUUGCUUGCUGCAGCUUUCAUCACCUAUUUGUCUGCAGCCUCUGAAGACCGUAGAAGACACUGUCUGGAGACUUGGAUGGCUCAAUCUGGACUAGAGAAGUUUGAUUUACGUUCAUUCCUGUGCUCGGAGAGUGAGCAGUUGAUCUGGAAGAGUCAAGGUCUGCCAUCAGACGACCUCUCCAUGGAGAACGCACUGGUCAUACUACAGAUCAAUGAACACAAGUUAAAGAGUGUUGCCUGUCCUUUCCUGAUUGAUCCAUCAUCUCGAGCUACAGAGUGGUUAUGCACACAUCUCAAAGAGCACAGACUAGAGGUCAUCAACCAGCAGGACAGUAACUUCAUGACAUCCUUGGAGCUGGCAGUAAGAUUUGGAAAAACCCUUAUCAUCCAAGAGAUGGAUGGAGUUGAACCUGUGCUCUAUCCACUGCUGAAGAAGGACCUCAUAGCUCAGGGUCCCAGAUAUGUGGUUCAGAUAGGGGACAAGGUUAUUGAUUACAAUGAGGACUUCCGUCUCUUCCUGGCAACACGGAAUCCCAGUCCCUUCAUCCCUCCUGAUGCUGUUUCCGUGGUGACAGAGGUCAACUUCACUACCACCAGGGCGGGCUUGCGAGGACAGCUGCUAGCCUUGACCAUCCAGGAGGAGAAGCCAGAACUGGAGACUGAGAAAACAAGACUGCUACAACAAGAGGAAGACAAGAAGAUACAGCUGGCUCAGUUGGAAGAAUCCUUGUUAGAGACCUUGGCUACAGCUCAGGGUAAUAUUCUGGAGAACAGGGAGCUGAUAGACAGCCUGAACCAGACCAAGGCAAGCAGUGCUUUGAUCCAGGAGUCAUUACUGGAGUCACACAGGCUGCAGGCAUCCUUGGACCAGGAGCGAGAUGCCUACCUGCCUCUUGCAGAGAGUGCUAGCAAGAUGUAUUUUAUCAUCACAGACCUGUCGAAGAUCAACAACAUGUACCGCUUCAGCCUGGCUUCUUUUCUGCGCCUCUUCCAAAGGGCUCUUCAGGCCAAGAAGGAAGAGGAGAACACUGAAGCCAGGAUUGCUGCUUUAGAGGCCAACUUGAAGAAUAUGGUGUAUGAGUAUGUCUGCCGGUCACUUUUCAAGGCUGACCAGUUGAUGUUUGCUAUGCACUUUGUGAAAGGCAUGUACCCUGAACUUUUCCAGGAGAAUGAAUGGAAUGUCUUCACUGGAUCCAUCGUAGGAGAAAUGUUUAAGAAAGAAGAGUUCCCUUCUUGGAUUGAUCCGGAGAGACAUGGAGCAGUGGCCAUUUUAAAAGCUACAUUCCCAGCUCUCUACCAGACCCUGUGUUUGAGCGACUCAGAUCUUUGGCUGUCCUUCUUGCAGAGCUCACAGUGUGAACAGGAAAUCCCAUCCUCCAUUGCCAAGAAGAUUACUUCCUUCCAACAGCUGCUUUUGGUUCAGGCAGUCAGACCAGACCGACUACAGAGUUCUAUGACAGCCUUUGCCUCCCAAGCCCUAGGUAUGAAAGAGCUCUCCCCCCCUCCUCUGAAUCUGCGGCGUCUCUACACCGAGACAACGGAAUGGGAGCCAGUGUUGAUCAUCAUCUCUCCAGGGGCAGACCCAUCCCAGGAGCUUGCAGAACUAGCAGCAGAAACAGUUGGCAGAGACAACUAUCAUGAGAUCUCCAUGGGUCAGGGACAGGCUGAUGUGGCCUUAGCCACCCUUAGAGAAUGCUCCCGAAAUGGAGACUGGCUUUGCCUGAAAAAUCUUCACCUUGUUACUACAUGGCUGCCCCUCCUGGAAAAAGAAUUGAACAUGCUGCGUCCCAAAGUGGGCUUCCGUCUCUGGCUGACAGCGGAAGUUCACCCCAGAUUUCCUCCCAUACUGCUGCAGUCCAGUCUUAAAAUCACAUAUGAGGCACCUCCAGGGUUGAAGAAGAAUCUACUGAGAACAUAUGAGUCCUGGACUCCAGAGCAGAUCAGUAAAGGAGGCGUUCUGGCCAGAGCUCAAUCUCUGUUCUGUCUGGCUUGGUUCCACGCUGUCUGUCAAGAAAGACGAAACUAUAUACCUCAGGGUUGGACUAAAUUCUACGAGUUUUCUUUGUCAGAUCUCCGUGCUGGCUUUGAGAUCAUCGACAGGCUUUUUGAAGGUGGUAAACUUUUCCAAUGGGAGUUCGUCCAUGGCCUUUUGGAGAGUGCUAUCUACGGCGGACGCAUUGACAAUCCCUCUGACCUUCGCAUCCUACGCUCCUACCUUGAGCAGUUCUUCUCUGCACGUCUCCUUUCAUCCUCCCUCUCAGCGGGACAGAGAAAGAGCAGAGGAGGAGGAACACGAUUGUUUCCUUCUCAGAUUAGCCUCCCGAACUCUUGCUCCAUAUUGGACUACCGCAGUGUGAUACAGAAUCUCCCAGAGGAUGACAGGCCUGCGUUCUUUGGUCUGCCUGCCAACAUAGAGAGAUCCUCCCAGAGAAUCAUCAGCUCUCAGGUAAUCUCCCAACUGCGCAUCCUUGGCCGCUUGGUAGCAACAGGUUCAAAGUUUGACAGAGAGCUCUGGUCAACUGGACUUUCACCUAUUCUGAACUUGUGGAAGAAACUCAACCAGGGUUCUACACUUAUUCAUCAGAAGGCGGAUCCACCUACAGAAGGUCAGGGGUCACCGGUCAUGUCAUUCAUUGCUCUGGAGCAAUUCAAUGCCAUCCGCUUGGUCCAGAGUAUCCACCACUCCUUGGCUGCACUGAGUAAGGUCAUCAGAGGGACUCAGCUGUUAACUCCAGAUGUACAGAAGCUGGCCACUGCCCUGCUAAAUCAAGAGUGUCCUCUAACAUGGCAAAACAAAUGGGAAGGACCAGAGGAGCCAAUGCAGUACCUCAGAGCUAUAGUAACACGGGCUCUCGCUAUACAGAGUUGGGUGGACCGUGCAAGCAGACAAGCUCUUCUCUCAGACACCCUAGAUUUAUCUGAGCUCUUCCACCCAGACACCUUCCUCAAUGCUUUGAGACAGGAAACUGCCAGGUCCAUGGGCUGUUCCAUGGAUAGUUUGGUGUUUGCGUCAUCUUGGAGAAGUCCAAUAGCACAAGCCAAGCUGCAAGUCAAGGUUGGAGGUCUCCAGCUGGAAGGUUGUAGUUUUGAUGGUGUGCAUCUUUGUGAGAACCAACAUGAUUCUCCCAGUGUGUCAGCGGUCCCACCGUGCUACAUGGCCUGGGUUCCACAGAACUCUGCUGCUGACUCCACUGCAUCAGAGGAAAGUAUCUGGCUGCCCCUGUAUACCAGCUCAGAGAGGGUGAAGGUGGUCACACACAUCUCUCUCCCCUGCGGACCAAACCCCAACCAGUGGAUACAGACCGGAGCUGCUCUCUUUCUCAAACAACAGUGAAAGGACAUUAUGUGGGUGAAGCUAGACACAUAGAGACGGCAAUGAUGGGGUUUUUGUGAUCACUGUAAACCUCGGGUACAGAUGAUGACAGGCAGUUUUGGCUGGAAAUAAUUAGAAAUGUCUAAAAUGUGACGGACACUGACAUUUUCUCACUAAGCACCUUACCUUGUAGACCCAGAACUUUCAAACACAUAUUUUAUGUCACUGUCAUUUGCAUUAUAUGGUAAAAGCAUGGAAUCUGAAGUGGUCUUUGAUUUUAUAAUAACACACGUUUUUGUUGCUUUCAUGCAUUAUUUAGAUCCAAGGGUGUAACAAGCUUGUUACUUCUUAGCUCUCUUACAGUAAGUCUCAUGAAACACUACUCCAUUCAUUUUGUACACUACAUAAUAUAGUUUCAAUUGUAUAUCAGAGAUUCUUGUUUUUUUUAGCAGAACAAGAACACUGUUCUGAUGUCAUGCUGCAUUACACAGUGAACUUAAGGCCUGGAUUAUAUCUGUGUGUAUUUUUGGAAAUUAUUUAUUCAAAAUAAAGCUAAAAUAGAUGUUG